AUGUCCGAGGCCUGUCCGUUAUGUUUUAGUCCCCUCAUCCAGCAAGUGCUCCAGCCGACCAAGGCUCUUAAGACGUGUACCAAUGAGUCGUGUGUGUUCCCAUUUAAUCUUAAUACCGCUGAGCUAAGCGCCCAGGGCCUUCUUUAUACCGUCAACGACGAUGCCAUCGUCGCCCCGAUGCUCCCUCAGAUGGAGGCAGCGGGAGUUGACCCCCGGCUCGCCUACUUCAUUGUCCGACCCGACGACGACAUCCAUCAGCAUCCCCAAAUCUAA